AUGGGACUCAAUAAGUUGUUACUUGUGGUGGCUCUCACUUCCAUCUUCAUCUCCACCACCUCCGCCACCGUAUGCAUACCUGUACGACCCUUCAACGUCUUUUGUCCAUCUCCACCACCACCGCCUCCCCCACCUCCACCUCCUCCCCCACCUCCACCUCCGCUGCUUCCGGCCAAUAAUCCUCCGGAGCACGAAUCUCAAAUCCCCCCGGUUAUCUACUGUGCCAAAGCCAGCGGCUUGCAGAUCAGAACCCGAAGCGGGGGCCAUGAUUACGAGGGACUAUCGUACGUUGCAAAUGUCCCGUUCGUGAUCCUCGAUUUGAUCAAUCUCGAGGAAAUCACGAUCGAUGCCACAGAGAAGACCGCAUGGGUCGAAGCAGGCGCAACCAUUGGUUCUUUAUAUUACAGGAUCGCCGAGAAAAUCCCGGUUCUAGGGUUUCCGGCCGGAGUAUGCCCGACUGUCGGCGUUGGCGGCCACUUUAGCGGCGGCGGCUAUGACACACUACUGAGAAAAUAUGGCCUAGCCGCAGACAAAGUCAUCUAUGCGAGAAUAGUGGACGUCAACGGCAGAAUCCUGGACAGGAAAUCAAUGGGCGAGGAUCUGCUCUGGGCCAUCAGAGGCGGCAGGGGCGCCAGUUUCGGCGUGAUCACUGCCUGGAAGGUGCAACUGGUGGAUGUUUCAGAAACAGUCACUGUUUUCAAUGUCGGCAGGACUCUGGAGCAUAACAUUACCCAAUUAAUUCACAAAUGGCAAUCCAUCGCGCCCGAAUUCGCUGAUGAUUUGUUCGUGAGAAUCAUCAUAUUACCGGAGACUCUACGCUCCGAUGUCCAAGGAAGAAACAAGACGAUUCGAGCUAUAUUCAACUCACUAUUCCUCGGGAAAAAUAGACUUAUUGCUUCCGUUGAUGCAGAAGAGCUUCCCCGAGUUGGGGUUAGUGAGAGAAGACUACAAAGAGAUGAGCUGGAUCGAAUCCGUCUUAUUCCUCGCGAGUUUCCCCUUCGAUGCACCAGAAAUGCUGCUCAACAGAUCUCAACCGGCGGUGAGAUACUUAAAAUCGAAGUCCGACUACGUGAAGAAGCCCAUCUCCGAAUCCGGGCUCAAAGGCAUAUGGAGGAGGAUGUUCGAGGCGGAGGCCGGCUAGUCUGUGAUCAUCCUCACCCCUUACGGCGGGAGGAUGUCAGAUAUUCCUGCCUCCGCCACUCCGUUUCCUCAUAG